UGAUUCACGAGAUACGUCCACAACCUGAAUUUCCUUUUAGAAAAUAAACAACGAUUGCUUAGCUCCAAAAAAAAAAAAGAUAAAAAAAAAGAAAAAGCUUUGAUCAUCUAGCCAUGGAGUUUGUCUUGGAUUUGAUUAACAAAAUAUUGAACACUUAUUUACCUCAUAUAGCAACGACAGCACUCAUCCACUUCAUGCCUUUAUAUCUCUUUCUCAAGUUUCUUCACUUUAUCUAUCGAUCUAUAUUUACCGAAAACGUUGCCGGUAAAGUUGUUGUUAUCACAGGUGCCUCUUCUGGUAUUGGCGAGCACUUAGCAUAUGAAUAUGCUAAAAAAGGCGCACGUCUAGUUCUUGCGGCAAGAAGGCACAAGAGUCUUGAGCAAGUAGCAGACAUGGCCUAUUGGCUUGGAUCACCAGAUGUUAUUUCUGUCAAUGCUGAUGUUUCCAAAGUUGAAGAUUGCCAGCGAUUAAUCGCAGAAGCCAUAAGAAACUUUGGUAGAUUGGAUCAUCUGGUGAGCAAUGCGGCCGUGACGCCCCUCUACAUGUUUGAGGACCUUGUUGAGGUCAAUAAUGCUGCACCUGCAAUGGACAUAAAUUUCUGGGGGGCGGUUUAUACUACACACUUUGCCAUUCCACAUUUGAAGGAAACAAAGGGCAAAAUCAUAGCAAUCACUUCAUCAGCUGGUUAUUUACCUGCAGCCAGAAUUAGCUUCUAUAAUGCAAGUAAAGCUGCAUUGAUUAGUUUCUUCGAGACAUUGCGGGUAGAACUUGGGACACAAAUUGGGAUUACGAUUGUCACUCCAGGAUUAGUUGAAUCUGAGCUGACUAAAGGCAAAUUUCUAACCCCGGAAGGCAAGUUGGAAGUGGACCAAGUAAUGAGAGAUGUUGAAAUGAGUGUGACUCCAAUAUUGCCAGUGGAAAAAUGCACGAGAUCAAUAGGGAGAAGUGCAUGCCGUGGAGACAAUUAUCUAACAGAGCCACCAUGGUUCAAGACAUUAUUUAUCUAUGUACUUUUUUUCCCCGAGGUUGUAGAUUUGUUCGAACGUUGGUUCUUAAUCCCGGGGCCACGGAAACCAGCAACAGAGGCACCCAGCAAGAUACUUUUGGAUGUGACUGGAUUACAGGAGUAUGUUUAUCCACCCUCUGCGCUAUCUCCACAUAUAAAAGUGGAUUGACGAUCAGACUCAUUGUAAACUGAACUUAGCUGAAUGCUUGCAAAAUGACGAUGCAUACUAUGGUAGGAGCAGAACCAAAACAAGGCUGACAAAGAAGGCAGACGAUUGAGAUUAAAAGAAACCUCUGUUUUUCCGAUGCUGGAACAUUCUAUUGGCCUGGUGUAAAGUCUUGUAACUUCAGAUUGUCGAUUAAUGAAGAGAAUUCACUAUUAUUCUUC